AAAAUUCAAGAAUAUUUGGGGAAGCGGGGUUGGAGCUUUGUUUUUUAUCCACUCAGAUGAACAGAUAGCAUCCACUCAGGGAAAAGGCGAAACUACCGGUUUACCACGAACAAAUUUUCAAUCAUCCUGGGUCCCUUAACAUGAACAGGCUGUCUGAAGACCAAACAACAAUUAACAAUUCCAGGAAAACAUCCUUCUCCCGGCACUUUUACCUCCGCGAUGUGAAUUUGGACACUGCUGGUGGAGCAAACCCCAAGCUGUCCAUUUUCGGAGGCUUGGCCGACACUGUGGCUGGCUUCAGAUUCCGCCAAAGCAAUUGCCGUGGAGUUUAUCCAAACUAGAUUCUUAGCUUUCUACAAAGCUAAAGCUGAAAGUUACAACAACAGAAGGAGGGGACGAACAGGUCAAAAAGCCGAGGUCGGCGAACCUGACUCUCUUAUGCAUCCCGCACUUCAAAGUAGCUAGGCUCUGCUGGUGCUUUGCAAUACUUAGAGCUACCGAGGCCAUGACAUAGAACAAGCCUUGGGGAUGAGAAUGGUCGCCACCACCAGGAACUCUGGGAUCGGAACUCAGGCCAAUAUCAAAAUUCUAGUACGAAAGUUAGCGUGCGUGGUGAUGCAAGGUCGGAGAAAUCCAUCAGCUGGUGGAGCAUCGUCCUUUGUCAUGGGCAAGACAUUCAAUUCGAUCUACACAACCCCUACGUAGCGUACGGGGGUACCUGGAACUAAUCCCGAAGCGUGCACCCAUUUGACUGCUUCUUUAAGAAACAGAUGAUCCGCUUGUAAGUGAACGAUUUAUUUCUGGGUCGCUGAUUUCUUGUAAUCUUCCUCGAAUUCCAGUUCUCCGAUUCUUCGCCAUGAAGUCGUGGAGUGUAUUUCCUGUGCUGCUGGCAGCUAUCGCGCCUUUCUUAGCCGCUGCCCCAGCAGCAGCCGUGAAUCUUGAGUAUGAGUAUAUUGUUGUUGGAUCUGGUGCCGGGGGUGGACCGCUGGCAUGUCGUCUGGCCAUGGCAGGACAUAAGACUCUCUUGAUCGAAGCAGGUGAUGACCAGAAUGGCAACGUCAACAUCACAGUUCCGGGUUAUCAAGGCGUUGUAACACAAGAUCCAAAGUUACGCUGGGACUUUUUCGUCAACCAUUACCAAGAUCAGACAAGAGCGCGGCGGGACCCGAAGUAUUCUUAUGAGACCGCACCAUACACUUACCAUGUUGGUCCCAAUCCGCCAUCUGACGCAACGGCACUUGGAAUUCUGUACCCUCGAGCAGGAACACUUGGAGGAUGCGUCACUCAUAACGCCCUUAUAUUUAUAACGCCACAUGCGAGUGAUUGGGACGGUAUUGCAUCGAUUACAGGCGACAAUUCAUGGGCUGCGACGAACAUGAACAAGUACCUCAAUAAAGUUUACGAAUGGCAGCCAACGCAACCGACUGACCCUACGAUUCUUCUCCGUGAUCUCAAACUCACUCAGCAUUUAGCUGGGGGAGCAGCAGUCAUGGGAUUCGGACCAGAUCCUUUGAACGCUGUGACCGGACUUCUAGGAACAUUGCUUGUCGAUCCAAACGGCCGAGCAAACCCAGCUCGUGACUCAACAGAAGGAUUCUUCCAAAUCCCACUGAUUAUGAAAACUGGAAUGCGUACCUCAGUUCGAGACUUCAUCGCUGCUACGGUGCAAGGUGGAUAUCCCUUGACCAUCCGCCAAAACUGCUUCGUGACAAAGGUCACUUUCAACACCAGCGGCAGCACACCUGUCGCCACCGGUGUCGAGUUCCUCGAUGGGAAGCAGCUUUACAGAGCAAGUCCUUUGAGUGGCGCCGCUGGGACUCCUGGAACGGCUAGAGCUACAAAGGAAGUUAUCCUCUCAGGUGGAGCAUUCAACACUCCUCAAUUGCUGAAACUCAGUGGUAUUGGUCCGCGAGCAGAGUUACAGAAGUUCAACAUCCCGGUAAUCAAGGACCUCCCAGGCGUCGGCACUAAUAUGCAAGACCGCUACGAAAUCGGGGUGAAUGUCAAACAUGGGACUGAUUUCUCUAUCCUGAACGGCUGCACUUUCGACAACAAGCCCGAGGAUCAGUGUUUGACAAGAUGGCAGAACAAUCCGUAUUUACUCGCUAGCAGAGGUGCUUAUGCUACGAAUGGGUUGGCUGCUACCAUGGCCGUGAGAUCUGAUUUCGCGUCCACGACUGAUGUCGAUAUGUUUAUCUUUGGCGGUCCUGUCAACUUCAUAGGCUACUUCCCACAGUGGGGUGAUUAUGCUAUUGCGGAUCAUAAACAUUUCUCGUGGUACACGCUGAAAGCACACACUCGCAACCGUGCUGGGACUGUUGAGUUAAGAUCCAGCGACCCGUUAGAUACGCCACUCAUCAACUUCAACUACUUUGAUACAGGGACUACUACGGGCGGUGCAGAUGAUUUGGAUCUCAGGGCCAUGAUCCAGGCUAUCAAGAUGUCGAGGCAGGCUUUAGAGGAGUACAAGAAAUACUCCAUCCUUCUAGGAGAUGCGUUUGUGGAGGAGGAACCUGGCCCAGAUGUCACUUCGGAUGAGGCUCUUGGCCAGUAUAUCAAAGACAGGGCCUGGGGACAUCAUGCGUCCUGUACCAAUCCUAUCGGGGCGGAUGACGAUCCGAUGGCGGUACUGGACUCGAAGUUUAGAGUGAGAGGCGUGCAGGGUUUGAGGGUCGUGGAUGCAAGUGUGUUUCCUCGUAUUCCGGGUGUAUUUAUCCAGGCGCCGAUCAUGAUGAUUAGUGAAAAGGCGGCUGAUGUCAUACUGAAUGGAUAA